CUCUACUAGGACUGCAUGUGUUCACCGGUGAAGAUGUCACAAGUGCAUUUAAGGGCAAGGGAAAGGUCACACCGCUCAGAAAGCUGCAGAGUAAUCCUAAAUACCACAAAACAUUCAGGAUGCUGGGUGAUACUUGGACAGUUGAAGAAGAUGUUAUGCAGAUGUUAGAAGCGUUUGUCUGUGUGAUGUAUGGGUGUCCAAGGGAGAGGUCUGUGAACACAUGUAGGGCAGUUCUUUUGAAGAAAAUGGUAGGAGACGACGAACAGCUGACCAUGAAGUCAAAGGUGGAAUUAUCCAAACUGCCACCUUGCCAGGAUAAUUUAUGCCAACACAUCAGAAGAGUCAACCAUCGUCUCGGCAUCUUGAAAAAUGCUCAUACACCAGUGAUAGAACAUCCGGAACCACAUGAUGAAGGGCAAGGGUGGACCAAAAAGAACGAAGUGUUAGAACCAUUGUGGGCUGAGGGUCCCAUUCUUCCACCAACGUUAGUUGACCUAGUCGAAAAUGUUCAAGCAGAGAUGGAAGAAGAAGAUGAUGAUGGUUGUCUAGAAAUUUCAGUGUCAGAUGAUGAUGAGUGACAUUCAGUAACCGUAAACUUUUGUGGGAGAUUAGUUAUGUAGUGAGAUGAUUGGUGAUAGUUAUACUUCCAAUUGAGUUGAUUGUGUUUUUAUAAAUCUGUGGAUUUGUAUUUAUUGUCUGUCUUUUCAGACGAAUGAAUAUAGCUGUCAUAAUCAGAAUGUAUGGCAUGUUAAUGAAUUCUUUG